AAUUAAUUUGUAAUAUCCUCAUUUUAUAUCUUUUUUUCAUUUUUUUUUUAAAACAGGCAAGCCUAGAACUAUUUGUGAGCAACACAGCAAUCUGACACAGAUAGUCCGAAGUUCAGUAAUGCCUUGUCAGAGCAGUCUGUGAAGGGUUCUGUGGAUAUCUAAGCAGUUUUUCAUGGCACUGAGUUUCUCCAUGACUUCCCCAUUUUCUGUCUACAUUAGCCCUUACCUUUGUGUCACAUGGUCAUCCAGUAUUUUUUUAUAAUUACCUUUUCAUUCUUGAUGAGCCAAAUCAUAUUAUUUUUCUUUUGUAAGUCACACUGAAGUCAGUGGCACUAGUUGCAUUAAAAAGGCUAUUAUGAUUUUGACCUUUCAAAGAUGAACUUCUAAAUUGUUAUUGGUCAGUUGGACAUGAUGUUGUCCACAGUAUUGGACAUAUUGAAAUAUUUCUAAGCAUCUUGAAACAGAUCAGUGAACCUAAGUAUAAGACCUGUAUGGCAUGUGAAAAGUAAGAAGGGCAAAUGACUUAAUCAUCAGAGAAAGAGAAAAUAAGAAAUCAAACUCAGGAGAUUUUAGGAUUCCUUAAGCCUCAGGUGCAAUAUGACAUUUAUUUCCUUGCUGGAGUUAGUUCUGACAGCUGAGAGCUCAAUUCUUUUAUCUCCUGGAUCCUGCUGUAUCAGUUCUGUCCAAGGUUUUGUUUCAGUUUUCUUGUUUGUUUGUUAUAAUUUCUAGAUGUAUAGGCAUAUCCUAAUUUCUUUCUUUGUUUUGUAAGAAGCUCUGAAAAAUUCAGAAGUCUCUUUUAAGAACUUUAUAUAGUUGACUGUUACAUUUGGCCAUGCAUUCCUCUUUUUAACAGGCAUAAGCAUUUACACCAAAUUUGUGUGCAUUUGUUUUUUUUUAAUACCUCUGAAUAAUUGCAUACAAAAUUACAUAAUUUUCCUUGAGCUGUUAUUACUACAGAAUAAUUCUUUCCUUGGUCUCAGUCUAUGUUCAGCUUUGCAUGCUGGUGUGCUUAUGACAUAGGUGUUACUGAUACUUUCUCAAAAUCAUUAUUUCAGUGCUAUUCACUUUUUUCAGGGCUUCUUAUCAGAUUGCAGACUUCAGCUCCCACAAUACGAACUCUAUCAUCAUUGAAUUCCUUUUCUCAAAACAUUCCAAGCUGUUUGUGGAAACUGGGCCGACUUAAUCAUGUAGCAAUCGCAGUACCUGAUCUGGAGAAAGCUCAGUCCUUGUAUAAAGAUGUGUUAGGAGCACAGGUGAGCGAGACUGUUGCUCUUCCUGAACAUGGUGUCUACACUGUUUUUGUGGAGCUGGGAAAUACGAAGCUGGAACUUCUACAUCCUUUAGGAGAGAAAAGUCCCAUUGCAAGCUUUCUCCAAAAAAACAAGACUGGAGGAAUGCAUCAUAUCUGCAUUGAGGUUGAUGACAUAAAAGCGGCUAUGACAGAACUGAAGAAAAAAAAGAUACGAAUAUUGAGUGAAGAGCCAAAAAUAGGUGCACAUGGCAAACCUGUGAUUUUUCUUCACCCUAAAGAUUGCCACGGAGUCCUUGUGGAACUUGAGCAAGCUUGAGCUGUAAUAUUCAUAAAUAAAACAAUAGAUUAGUUGUGAAGUUAC